UCUUCUGUUGGACAUCUGGUGUCACUUUUCUUGCUCAUUUCCAAAAAAUGUACACAAUCUUUUGCUGAGUGGUCAAUCUUGUCCCUUUAUCUGUUAAGUUUAAUUGAUAUUAUCUGCCAAAUAGUUCUAGUGUAGUUUGAGUCGGUGAUUUGUGCUUAUUUGAGUCGAUUCAACGACCGAAUCUGCCGAAAAGUGCAUUCAGACCCAGUAUGUCCCGUUACAACCAGUCGAACCCAGGCAGCUAUGCUCAGACGUAUAAGCUCGUCGUAGUGGGAGGAGGAGGUGUUGGAAAAUCAGCAAUUACUAUUCAGUUUAUACAGAGUUAUUUUGUCCAUGAUUAUGACCCAACAAUCGAGGAUUCGUACAACAAGCAAUGUGUCAUCGAUGAUGUUCCGGCUAAAUUAGACAUUCUGGAUACAGCUGGUCAGGAAGAAUUUAGUGCAAUGCGAGAGCAAUACAUGCGCUCGGGCGAGGGCUUUCUAUUGGUAUUCGCCGUGACCGAUCAUGCGAGUUUCGAUGAAAUUUACAAGUUUCACAAGCAAAUCCUGCGCGUAAAGGAUCGUGACGAGUUUCCGAUGCUAAUGGUGGGUAACAAAUCGGACUUGGAUCAUCAAAGAGUCGUAUCACUGGAGGAAGCUCAGCAGUUGAGCAGGCAGCUCAAAAUUCCCUACAUCGAAUGUAGUGCUAAGCUGAGGAUCAACGUUGAUCAGGCAUUCCACGAACUGGUUCGGGUUGUCAGAAAGUUUCAGCUUUCCGAGCGUCCUCUGAUUGACGAAAAAGGCAAGCGAAAGGGUGGAAAGAAAAAGUGCUGUAUUCUAUAAUAUCGAAACCCGUGGAUGCUCAAGUGCACAAAACAGCCCUCCGACGUAGGAGAGAAAAACAGGCAUUCAAAGGCCUAGAACAGAUUAAACUUCUCCAUCCACAAUAUGGAAUUGACACAAUUUCGAAGCGCACGAGAGAUUUGCUUUGUGCCAAUCCGAAAACUUGUUUCAAAUACUAUAUGAAUGCAUGCAAAACUGCCGUACUAUUCGAUUAAGGAAGCGUCUAAAAGUGUUUGGACAAUACAAACUGUGGCACGAUUUAAUCACCAAACAUUGUAACAGUUCCAUAAACCUGAUAUCCUCAAACUUCUGCAGUUUAACGUUGAAUCCAAACGACGUGCCAUAGGCCUGCAAUUAUUGGAUUUUAUCGUAGCAAGAAUUAAUAGACAGUAUACAAAUGUGCCUAAUCGAUAUUUAAUAUCUCUUACAAAAUAAUUUAACUAAACCAAUCCAGGGAUAAACCCAUGCGGUGUAGACGGCUGGUACAAUAUUUCCUUUUUGUUUCAACAAAAAACGAAAUAUUCAUAGUUCGUUUACCGAGUCGCUAUAUCAACAAAAUGAUUUCCACCGUUUGCGAAAACGCCAACAAAAAGAUCGUAUCGAAAAAUACACACAUUAUUUUAAAGAUUUUAAAACAGAUAAAUAUAUUUACUCUACUAAACUUAUGUAUCUAAAGAGACUUAGCUGAAUGUUGCAAUGUGUUUUGUCAGCGAAAAGUAAGGUUCGCCAUUGCUUGAAAAAUAUUAAAAACAGCAAUUAGCUUAAUAAGUUGUUAAUGUUAUCGGUAAUAACAGUUUGAAAUUGGAUGCAAUGUAACGUCAUUAUUAACCAAAAUAACUAGCUUUAAGUGUGCUUGUAGUUGAUGAAACCAGAUAUUACGAUGACUGUCUAAUCGAUUGUAUGGAAAAGCGCACAUUUUUGGAAAAAUGGAACCGGUGCUAAAUUAUAUCCAUACUUUUAUUUUCAAUUACAAAUGAAUGUUUUGAACACGAGGUUAGAAGGCCAACUAUUUUAUAUAAAAAACAUAUUUAUAUAAAUAAAUGUCUAAAUACUGACCAA